UAUCUGUGCUACGUUGUUUCUUGUUUGAAACUUGAAAACAACGAUCAUCGAUGAUGAUGUCCAAUCUUCCACAGGAUUUGGUUGAGGAGAUUCUCUAUGAGAACAGUGCGAUCUAUUUGCAAAAGCGAUCUAUUUGCAAAAACUGGAACGCUUUAUCCAAAGAUCCGAUCUUUACAAAUAAUUACAUCCGCAAUGUAGCCGCAUCAGGGGAAAGAGAGUUUCUGAUGAUCAAGGAAUUUAGUGUUUAUUUGGUCGGCGUCAAUCUCCAUGGUAUUCAAAACAACAAUGUUGGUCUAUCUAUAAAGCGUAAAGGUAGACUUAUUAGCAUGGACAAUACAGUUCGGAGAUUCUGUAUAUCCCAAGUCUUUCACUGCAAUGGUUUAUUGCUAUGCGUUUCGGGGAAAAACAUGGAUAAUAAUAGGCUUGCGGUUUGGAAUCCGUACUGUUGCAAACCAAAAUGGAUCAAACCCACCAGAUAUACUUAUUAUGGGACAGCAGAGAGGUUUGCUCUCGGAUAUGACAAAUCAUGUGGUAGCCACAAAAUCUUGAGGCUUUUUGGUGAUAACCUAAAUAACAUCGAAAUCUACGAUUUGAGCUCGAAUUCAUGGAGGGUUCCUAAUGUCACUCUUGAACGGGAUAUAGUGUAUAUGCAACAAGGUGUGUCUUUGAAGGAAAAGACUUAUUGGUAUGCUAGAGAUAAGGAAUCAGAAGAUAAAUACUUAUUUUCUUUUGAUUUUACAAGAGAGAGAUUUGGACCGCGUCUGCCUUUGCCCUUCAUGUAUUUCGAUGAUGUAUCUCUAUCUGUUGUUAAAGAAGAGCAGCUUGCGGUGUUAGUAAAGAGGUGGGAUACAUGUGAGAUGGAGAUUUGGGUGACGGACAAGAUUGAGCCCGAUGUGUCGUGGAGCAGGUUCUUAAAAGUUGAUAUUAAACCACGUUUUGAUUUUGCAAAUUUCGCCGUGAUUGAUGUGGAGAAGAAAGUCGCAUUGGUUUUUGAUAAAAAUGAGGCAGAGAAGUUGCAAUCCAGUUACAGCAUAGCUUACAUCAUCGGAGAGAAAGGUUGUUUCAAAGAAGUGGAUCUCGGUGAAUCUCCAUACACACCACUUUCCUGUCUGGCAUGCUCUUAUGUUCCAAGUUACGUGCAGCUCAAGUAACCCAGAUUACGAAUUAGUCUAUCUACAUUCUCCUUUUGCUUUCUUCUUCCUUGGAUAUUAAUUUGUUUUUCUUUUCUUCUUUGAAUAAUAACUCGUGUUGAUUAUUUUGGAUCUUAAAACUUGGAGAGGGUUUUUCUAAGACUUGAGGUUUUAUUUGGUGAUUUUGGCAAACAGUCAGCUUUUUCUUA